AUGACAUCGACCUCGAAUACUCCCUUUGUUACGCCUGCAACUUCUACUGCCAACACCAGGCCCCCUAGUCCCAGCCAGCCUCCUCCCACUGUCGCUGCGGACAAUCAGUUGCAGGAUGAUUCGUCGAAACUACGAACGUUUCUGAGCUUGUUAAGAAAGUUUAUCGGUGUCACAGAUAUUGCAAAUGUCCGCUUUUCUCUUCCUUCUCAAUUAAUAGAGCCUAUCCCCAACCUAGAAUACUGGCAUUACCUCGACAGGCCUGAGACAUUUGCAAGCAUCGGGACAUCGGAUGACGAAGUUGGUCGUAUGCUAGAGGUGCUAAGGUUCUGGUUCACGAAAGAUCUGAAAUACAUCAAGGGCAAGCCUUGCAAACCAUACAACUCCAUCCUUGGAGAAUUCUUCAGGUGUAACUGGGAUGUCAGUCAACCAGCUCCAUCAAUAACGCGACCAUCCCAAGCACCUCCACAACCUGCCUUAGAUCCUUCGCAACCUAAUGGCCAGAAACCCGUCCGAAUAUCCUUUCUGUGCGAACAAACUUCACACCACCCACCCGUCUCAGCCUACUGGUAUGCGUGCCCCGAAACAGGAGUCUACGCUCGAGGCUACGACCAACUUUCUGCAAAAUUCACAGGAACGUCUGUGCGGGUAACGCCGGGCAAUUUCAACCGGGGCAUCUUUAUUAACAUCGGCAAGAGAGGCAAUGAAGAAUACCAGCUUGUUCAUCCUGUAGCUGCGCUUGGAGGCAUACUCCGCGGAUCCUUAUACAUUUCUGUGGCAGAUACUUGCUCGAUAACUUGCCCGAAGACAAGGCUGAAAUGCAUGCUAACGUAUGUCGAAGAAAGCUGGUUUGGAAAAUCACAGAACAGGGUUCAUGGAGUAGUGUACCGUUAUGACCCCAACGACGACAAGUACACGCGGGUCAAGGAUGUGCCAGAUAAAGACGUGUUGGUGAAGCUGGAGGGAUGCUGGCAGGAGCAGAUCACAUACACGAUUCCCAACAGUGCCGCCGUCAAAGAGAGACAGAAUCUCCAACCCACAUCCGAAAAGCAGCUCCUCAUCGACCUGCAGCCACUUAUGCCGGUACCCAAGACCGCCCCGCCUCCCGAGCAGCAGCUGCCAAAUGAGUCGCGCCUGUUUUGGCAGGACGUUACUACCGCAAUCCUUGCGAAGAGGUUCAACGACGCCACCCGGAUCAAGCAGGACUUGGAGCAAGUGCAACGGGACAAGGCGGCCAAGAGGGUACAAAUGAACGCAGAAUUCAAGCCGAAAUUUUUUACUGCCGUCACCGAACCAGAUGGAAGGCCCAACCUGACCCCUUACGGUAAAGACACACUUCAGCGUCUGAGCAACAAUGCAUAUCAGAUCGAGCUUGUACCAGAGCCCGGCAUCGAUGUGCCAUUGAAAUGA